UCCCUUUAUAAAUUUUGCAAGCCACUUGCUAUCUCCUACAUUAUCAGCUUAGGUUUACGUUCUUCUCUCUCAUUAUAAUACCUAGCUACCUAGCUUUUUGUUGCAUGUGCAGAGGCUAAAAAUGGAGUUCCAUGUCCCACGCAUUCUUGCUUUCCUCGCUUUUGCACUUGUGGUAAGCCAUGCGGCCUUGCCACCUGAACUUUACUGGAAAAAUGUGCUGCCCAACACUCCUAUGCCAAAAUCUGUCAGAGAUCUUCUACACCCAGACUUGGUGGAGGACAAGAGCACUUCUGUUGCUGUAGGGAAGGGUGGUGUAAAUGUUGAUGCAGGAAAAGGAAAGCCUGGAGGAACUGCUGUCAAUGUAGGAAAGGGUGGAGUGAAUGUAAACUCUGGGAAAGGAAAGCCUGGAGGAACUGCUGUAAAUGUUGGAAAGGGUGGAGUGAAUGUAAACUCAGGGAAAGGAAAGCCAGGCGGCGGGACCCAUGUCAGCGUGGGAGGCAAAGGUGUUGGUGUUAACACCGGAAAGCCUGGGAAAGGAACCCAAGUUGGUGUUGGCAAAGGCGGAGUGUCGGUGGGCACAGGACACAAGGGCAAGCCCGUAAUUGUUGGGGUACACCCCGGGCCAAGCCCAUUCCUAUACAAGUAUGCGGCCACCGAGACUCAACUACACCAUGACCCUACUGUAGCCCUUUUUUUCUUGGAGAAAGACAUGCAUCCAGGAAAAAUGAUGAACUUGCAGUUCACUGAAAACACUAACACAGCAACUUUCUUACCUCGCCAGGUUGCUGAUUCAAUACCCUUUUCAUCUAACAAUUUGCCAGAAAUCUACAGUGAGUUUUCAGUCAAACCUGGAUCAACAGAAGCUGAGGUAAUGAAGGAAACAAUCAAGGAAUGUGAAAACCCUGGAAUUGAAGGAGAGGAAAAAGAAUGCGCAACUUCACUGGAGUCAAUGAUCGACUUCAGCACUUCCAAACUAGGAAAGAAUGUUCAGGCAAUCUCCACAGAAGUGGAAAGCACCCAGAUGCAAAAGUAUACAAUUAAGACCGGAGUAAAGAAGAUGGCAGGAGACAAAUCUGUAGUGUGCCACAAGCAGAACUAUGCAUACGCCGUCUUUUACUGCCAUGCAACACAAACCACGAGGGUUUACGCGGUUCCAUUGGAGGGUGCUGAUGGAACAAAUGCUAAAGCUGUAGCAGUGUGCCACACGGAUACAUCUGCAUGGAACCCAAAGCAUUUGGCUUUCCAGGUGCUCAAUGUUAAGCCAGGAACCGUACCAGUCUGCCAUUUCCUUCCUCAGGAUCAUGUUGUGUGGUUUCCCAACUAGGAGUCUGGAUCCCAGUCAUUUCGUCUCUCUUCAGUCCACGGUAGCUGAAAUUGGAAUGUUGUAUACUUAUAUAUCUAUUCGGUUUUCACAAUAAUACAUCUAAAACCCACUACAAUAGGUUAUGUAUAAUAUAAAGCUUGCUGUAGAUUCAGUGAGUCACGGUGUUUAUUAUUA